CAAACGGCAAAGACAUCAGAGAUCGAUCGCCUUGCACGAAGCUAAUCUAAUUAUUAAGCUAGAAAGAAGAGAACAUAACAAGCUAGCUAGAUGGCAAAGGUGCACCCCAACAUCGCCGUGCCAGAGUCGCCGGCAGGAGCUGUCGUCGAGGAAGAGCAGCAGCAGCCUGCGGUGCUGACGGUGUGGCGCAAGUCGUUGCUCUUCAACUGCGACGGCUUCACCGUCUUCGACGCCACCGGCGGCCUCGCCUUCCGCGUCGACCGCUACGGCUCCUCCUCCGGCAGCCGCCACCGCCGCGCCGAGGACGUCGUGCUCAUGGACGCCGCGGGGAAGCCGCUACUCACCGUGAGGCGGAAGAUCAAGCUCAGCCUCAGCCUGGGUGAACACUGGGUGGUGUACGACGGUGACGCGAGCGCCGCGGACGCGAAGCCGCUUCUCUCCGUGCGGCGCCACCACGUAGGCCUACACCGCCGCGCGUCCGACAAGACGCUGGCGCACAUCACGCCGCUGGGAUCCUCCGCCGAGGCGGCGGCGUACGUGGUGGAGGGCUCGUACGGGCGGCGGAGCUGCGCGGUGCGGGACGCGCGCGGAGGCGGCGCCGCUGCGCUGGCGGAGGUGCGGCGGAAGGAAUCGGUGGGGGACGACGUGUUCCGGCUGGUAGUGUCGGACCACCGCAUCGGCGCAGCACUGUCCAUGGGCGUGGUCAUCGCCCUGGACCAGAUGUUCGGCGGCGCCUCGUCCCGGACGUCGCUGCUGCCCAGGAGCUGGUCGGCGUAGGAGCACUAGCUGGAGUAGUGGCUACUGGCUUCCAGCUGGUGCGGCCCCCACGUGGCAACCAAAUGGAAAGCUACUGCUGGCCCUAUCUGUC